CACCAACGCGUCUUCAUUCCACACCGGUCUUACCACCACCACCAGCACAGCACAGCACAGCACCGCCCGUUCCCCUCUCUCUCCCAUGGACGACCUCUCGCCGCGCGUGGAGAUGGCCGAAUCCGACGCGGCGGCCGGCAAGAUGGCCAACGGCGAGGCCUCCGACGACAGCGGCCGCGCCGUCGAGGUCUCCGGCGGCGAGGACACCCUCCCCGCGGUGCUCCGCAGCUUCGUCGACGGCGUCCGGCCGCCGCCCGGUGACGGCGGAGAUCCGCUCCUGCAGCGCCUCCGCGCGGCCUCCUGCGAGGCGGCGCCGCGGCUGCGGGACGCCUCCAGGAACUCGGCCCGCGACCUGCUCGCCUGGACCAAGCAGGGCAGCGGCCUCCGCGCCAUCCUCGUCGUCUCGGUCGGAACAAUCACGCUGAUAUCACUGACUGGCCUGCUGAUUUUCAUGUCCUUCCUUCUGGUUGCGACUGCUAAUGCCAUUGUCGUUUCAGUUCUUAUGUCCUUGGCAGCUGCUGGAGGGUUUCUGGCUUUGUUCUUUGCUUGCUUAGUUGCAGUGUAUGUUGGAGCAGUAUCAAUUGCUAUAUUCGUCAUCUCCACCACCGUUAUCUCUGCUAUUGUUGCAGCCAUGAUUGCUACCGGUUGGAUUGGAUUCUUUUGGACGAUUUGGUUUGCCGCAAGGAAGAGCCUGGACCUCACCAAGCACUCGAUCGGCAUGACGACCUCUGCUGUGCAGUCGUAUUCAGCCUCUCGGCGAGUGGGGCAGAAGCCCACAGACUGAUUGAGAUAGCAGCAAGUGAUUUAGCUACGGUGUGCUGUGUUCUCACGUGAUGUUUCUGCUUCGCUGCCCUGCUGUUGUUGUGGUAAUAGGCUGCGUGCCGUAUGUGAAUCACCGCUUGUCGAGUAUGUUAUUGCGAGUAGAGGUGAUGAAUCCCUGUAUAGUGAUCAGGAUGUAGUGUAAGGUACCACCCGCCCCUAAACUUUCAGCACCCUGUGUUGUUUGCUCGUAGUAGCGAAUAAGGCAAUAAUGCAGGCUGCGUCCGCACUAAUAAUGCAGGCUGCGUCGGCAAGUGCGGGCCAGGUUGUGGUGUUGUGCUGUAAAUGGAAGUGUUUUCCUUGUCUGUGUGGAGGCAUAGAGGAAUAAAUAAAGACAUACUCCCUUCGUUCA